GGACGGCCCUCGGCACCGCUUGCUGUCGACUGCUGAGCAGACAGAAGACACCGGCAGCACUGGCGGCCACUGCAGCUUGGAAGGGAACGGGAAACAACCGGCGGACCAGCAGCAACGACAACAGCACCCGCAAAGACCGGAGAAGCAGCAGGACAAAGACCAGCAGCAGCAGCAUCCACUUGUGGUGCUACGUGAGGAGCCGCCGUUUGAGGAGGACGGCCAGCAAGGGCAUGCAUGGCGGGACAGGUCGGGUGUCGACUUCCGUGCCCCGCUGUCCUGGUACGGCACCGCACUCGCCGCCCUGCCGUACGACCCGCAUCACGACCUGUUGUGGGUGUGCAGCGAUGACGCUGAUCUGGCUGCUCGCGCGGAGCUGGGGGUGCCUGUUGCUGCGACUGGGGGUGGGGAGGUGAGGAGCGUGCGGGGGACGAGCUGGACUGCGGUGUUGCGGCAAGUGCAACAGCAGGAGGAGGAGGAGGCGCGACGGCAGGAGAAGAAGAUGAAGGAGAAGGAGGAGAAAGAUCAGCAACAGCAGCAGCAUCACUUUGGCGGGGACGAGGGAGCACGGCUGCGGUGUGUGGGGUGCCCCAGCGGUGCGGUGCCACCCAGGGGGGCUGCUCCCAUGGGCGUUCCCUCUUCUCCUGCUCCUUCCUCUACUGCCGCUCCCCUUGCUUCAACAUCGCGGCUAGCAUCAGCUUCGCUUCCUCCUGCUGCCUCCUCGACAGCUCCUUCUGCUGCGGCUGCUGCUGUACCUGUCCUGACGCCCAGCCAGCAGCAGCUGCUGGCGGCUCACGGCCUGCUUGCCGACUGGUUCAUCAUGCAGCGUGCGGAUGUGCUGCUGGCCUCCAACAGCACCCUCAGCUUCACGGCAGCCAUGCUGAACGAGG